GGUUUGACCCCUCUGAAGAUUAUAACUAGAUAUGUUUUGAGUGUAUCUUGACAAACCAGGAGGUUUUGUGUUUCGUUAUCAAUUUAGACGGAAGGUUUGAAUACAAGGUCUUGGAAUAUGAUCUAUUAAAAUGACGUAGUUUAUGAAUUUGGUGUAAACUGGGUGGAAGUACCAAGAUAUAAAUCAUGUUACGUGUGUGUACCCCAGCCACUGUACACAGCCAGUGUCAAGGACGCAUGCGCAGUCCUCUGAGAACAGAUGUAGCCAAUGAACUUCGACAACAUAUCAUUGAACUGGUAAAGGAACAAACUGAUGAAAACAUCGAUAUGAAUGUCGAUGAUUCUGCAAUAAUAUAUCAACUAAAGAAGAAAGGAGGAAUCGCUCCCAUUGAACCGAUAAAGACAAAGGAAGACAAACAGAAUGAAAAGGUAAAAAGAAUUCAUUUGAAAAUGCUAAAAGAGACGCGAAGUAAAGGCGCCAAUCGCUUCCCCGCGCUGGAUUUUGGGGACGUUUCACACAGGGAUGAACACUUGAUUCAGAGUGACCCAAGAACAGCUAGUGCUAAAACAGUUAGAUUUAAGAUGGAGGACAGCAAUGCCUACGUACCAGAAAAUCAAAACCCAGGAUAUGAAGUUCGUGGCAAUGCUAUAAAAUCUUCAUCUGGACUUCAUAAAUCUGUGCCAUUAAUAUUACGCAGAACCGAAGCAGCGCAAAGACAGGCCCAGAUACAUACUUCAUUACAAGUAUUCAAAAGACGUCUGAAAAUCAACAAUCAAAACAGUUAUUUAGCCCCAAACAGUACUGUUCGUGAAUCAGACUACAUAAUCCGACGUGUUCCUCUUCAGUUGGACAAAAAGAGUCGCACGAAUAUUACUCCUCUAGCACCGAGAAUUUCUGUUUCCUCAAAAUUACACGCCCGUCCUAGAACACCAACGUCUGCUAGACAACGAGUGGGCUCUCCAUUACGUCCCACUUCUUCUACUUCUAGACCACACAGCGGGAACAAAUCGCCGAUUCCCACCGAAGAAAAAAAGGUCAAAUUUUCGUACCGACUUCCAGAUAAUAUUGGAAAAGAGUUGUUUCGAGAGGAUUCAGAAAUAAUUCCUAGUGUGAAUACAUAUGUUGUAGAAGAAACUCAAGCUAAGUUUGGAAGAAAGUAUGAAACCCAGGCUAUGUUAAAUGUACAUAACCUUGGUGUCCACGACGCACUGAACUCCGGUGAAAAAGAAAAAGUGAGGAUUCACGAAGACACAAAAGUAGAUUCUCGACUCAUUCGCUGGGUCGAAGAAUCCACAAAUACAAACUUCACAAGAAGAAUCAAUCGAAUUCGAUCCGCAUCAACGGAACGCUUUUAUCGAUCUGAAUCUGCAGAACGUUUAAGGACAGGAUCUGCAGACUCAAAGCAUAGUCGGAAAUUUCUAGAAGAUCCAACAAACACGAACUCAAAAACAUUUGAAAACGAAUCAAAACUAAAAACAACUGAUUAGCAUUUAAUUAAUUUCCUUAAAGGAAUUUUAGAAAAAAAGCGGUGCUUAAAACAUUAUGUGUGAUAUUCAUAGAUUUUGAAACCCAUUUGCUACAGCAGUUAAUCAAAUUUACCAUUACAGACUACAGAAAUCUGAACUUCCAGAAAGUAAUACGGGUAUUUGUGAGUACCGAAAUUCAAAAUGAAACGUGUGCAGAUUGUAACAAAUAUCUGUUACAUAUGUAUGAAUUAGAUAUGGCAGUAAUACUCCUUUUCUAUAUAGAAUAUUUAAAUGGCCGAUAAUGAUCGAUACAAUGUCAACUAUUUGAAAUUCUUGUACGAAUGCAAUUUGUGAGCUUUAAUUGCGCUUCUGGGUCAUAAAAUGGCAAAUCAAAACACUCAAUCUAUUUAAAGAUUUAUUGCACCUGAAUUCUGCACUGUCAUAUUACGCAUGAAAGAAAGCAGGAUUCAAUUCCCUUACAAAUUAAACAUGUUAAAUUUCA